AGAACAAAACAACUUGAGAGUGCUCACGUCACCUGCCUUUUCUACAUUGUUUAAAAAUAACAGUACCUAUUUGUGACGUACUCCAGCUCGGACAGUUGCCCUACUCUUCAUAUCAGGGUCGCAUGAAAGACUGGGGUUCAUCUCUAUCUACGAGGCUGCGCAGUGACCAUGACAGCGGCCGUGGACUUCCCUUCUAAGAUCGCCUCCAUCAUGGAGGUUCUGGCAAACGCGGCCGUUGCUGAAAUCUGUAAAGUUGUGGACGACGGAUACUUGGUGAUUCAACUGGAAAUGUCCCAGAGCCAGAAGGAGAACGAGCUCCUGCGGAGGAAGAUCAAACUGCUGGAGGUGCAGUUCGCCCGCUACAGAGCGGAGAGAGUGAGGGGAGCGGAGGCUUCAAUCAACAGCCGCUUCCCCGGAUUCCGCCUCCUCAACCGGCAGAGCAAGGACUCACCGGUCGGCCCCUCUCUGCAGGGCAGGACCAGGUUCCUGAACAGAGGUAAAGGGACUCAGCAGUGUGUGCAGAAAAGCCAGCCUAUCAACCUUGACCAGGAUCCUGAUCAGGAGGGCGUUACCACUACCAAGACUGAGUCAGCAGAGCUUCAAGAGGAGGGGGAGCUGCACAUUAUCAAGGUGGAGGGAGCGAUGGAGACCAUGGGCACCACCAUUGAGGUGCUAACAGACUCAGGCAUCGGCACGGGAGGAGGCGUCAACUCAAUGUCCUCACUCCACUCAACCUCAACGGACAGCACCGAUGGCCAACCGACAAGAUGCAGCAACGUAACGGAGGGCCAGGGAUGUCUGAAAAACAUAAGUAGUGCUCAGAGCCCGGAGGAAAAGAUUCAUGAAGCGCAAGGUGACACCCCAGAGAAAGAGAGACCUCCCCACACCCUGCUGGACUGGCAGGAGAGCAGUGAGACUGAAGAUAUGCAGCAGCAGCCAUCUUGCUCCAAAUACACACCACAGAGUGAACCAGCAAAGUCCUCAUUCAGUCAAACAAGGACAAAUGUGGCCUGUGCCUUCCCAACUGAACUGUGCAACAUGGAUGGGGUGAGCCAUGAGUGUAAACAGGACAUCAUUGUAAUAAACUCAAGCAGCUGCAGAGAGGUGCCGUCUUUUGGACGGGGUGGAGAUGAUGAAGAGACACCUCUUGGCAAUGUCAGGUCCCAGUAUCAGCCACUGCUGUGUAUUCAGAUCAGUGACUCCCCCAGUGAAGUGAUCUUUAACAACCCCCCUGUUUCAAUUGCAACAGUGGGCUCCCAGCAUCAGCAAACACAAUAUUCAUGGUCUGAAAUGGGGCAGAUGCACAGUGCUUGCUCCUCCAGUAAAAAACACCUUCAUGAGUCUGGUUCAGCUCAGACCCAGCAGCAGCAGCAGCAACCCUUCCUCUCCUAUGCAUGCACCCACUGCUCAUGCCGUUAUGCCCACCAAUGCCAGCUGCGCAUCCAUGAGCGCGUCCACACGGGAGAGAAGCCAUACCAGUGCACCCAUUGUGGGAAAAGCUUUGGCCAGUUCUGCGGCCUCAAGCGCCAUCAGAUGGUCCACACGGGGGAGAGGCCCUUCCCCUGCCCACAUUGCGGGAAGCAGUUUGCAACCUCCACCAACCUGAAGGUCCACCAGAGUGUCCACACUGGGGAGAAGAGGUUCCACUGCUCCAAGUGUGGCAAGAACUUCUCCUUCCUCAGCAACCUUAUUAGACACCAGGCUCUGCACUCUGCGAAGUAGAGCCAGUAUGUUCUUUUGGGGACAAAAUAAAAUGAGCAGCUUACUGUGGGAUGCAAGCAUUUAUUCAUAGUUUGUUAUGUCUUUUAUGUCUCAGACAUCCAGAAAUUCUUUAUUUGUUUACCUCAGUGAAAGUUGGAACCACAGUUACCCGACACUCUUGUUACUCUUUUGUGUACCCAACAUGGUGAAACAUGACAAAUGAAGGAAUCAAAGUUCUGCAGCUUCUGCUAUAAAACAUGAACUGCCUGUGCAAGUGGAUAACAUUAUUAUGUUAGCUAAAAGUUAAAAAAAGUUUUCAAAGCACGUUAAGGUUUAAGUAAACACAAAUGGAAAGCAACAGUUUGACAAGGCUGAGGACUAACCUAUAGUCAGAUGAUGAUGAUACGAUACAGAACUGAAGUUGGGUGAUGUUGUGUACAAUUAUAUUUCAAAUAACUUACUGUAAUGCACAGACCAGUGUUGGGCUCGUAAACCUGCGUGUUUACUCCAGUGGUUACGGUUUGAAGAGUAACCCGGAUGUAAACAGAAGCCGUCUCACCGAUGAGCAGCGGACAUCAGGAUGGACAUUUCGUUAUCGUCACCUGCAUAGAUAUAUAUAAAGGCUAGAUGUCUCGGCCAACUAUUUUAUCAAAUGAGUGGAAGUAGGGGGGAAGGUCAAAAAUCAGACAUGUCCUUUCGCAAAAAGAUGCAGAAAAACUAGUCCACGCCUUUGUUACAUCGAGACUGGACUACUGUAAUUCACUAUUAUCAGGCUCCAGCAGUAAGUCGUUAAAGACUCUGCAGCUGGUCCAAAAUGCCGCAGCACGUGUCCUGACGAGAACAAAGAAAAGAGAGCACAUUUCCCCAGUAUUAGCAUCGCUACACUGGCUUCCUGUUAAAUCAAGAAUAGAAUUUAAAAUUCUCCUCCUCACCUUCAAGGCCCUUAAUGAUAUGGCACCUUUUUACCUUAAAGAGAUGUUAAUACCAUAUCAACCUACUAGAGCACUCCGAUCCCAGAAUUCAGGUUUACUUGUCGUCCCUAAAGUCUCUAAAAGUAGAGAAGAGCCAGAGCUUUUAGCCAUCAAGCCCCACUGCUGUGGAAUAAUCUCUCACUUUCAGUUAGGGAAGCAGACACGCUCUGUUCGUUUAAAAGUAGACUCAAAACCUUCCUUUUUGAUAAAGCUUAUAGUUAGAGCUAAUUAGUGGAAUUUAUGACACAAGACACACGGAGCUUCUCUUUCCUGCCUCUCCUGCUUCUCCUUCCUUUUCUCCAUCCCUAACACAUCAAGGUAAUUCUUAUCUCAUCAGUACAUGUUACUAACUUGACCCCUUUCCCAGAGUUUCUGUGCCUUAGCACCCGCGGAUGCAGGGCCACAGCUGUGGCCGCACCGUGGAUAUGAUUGUGGAUCGCGCGUCAGAGGUCGCAAAGGUGGAUCCAGUUCGGUGGAUUCUGUAUCGUGCCUGCUGAUCGUAGUGGUAAUGGAGGAUCCAUUGUCGCGCUGGCAUCGGCUGAUGGUGGACCACGACCGAGGCGGCAGCUGAUAAUGGAUUCUAACUGGCGGCAGCGGACAAUAACUGUGGAUUAUAGUGGAUCCCAUCCUGAUGCUGGAUCGUGAUCUUGCUGGCUGCUGACCAGAGACUAUGAUUGCAGCAGGACUGCUUCACAUAUAGUAUUGAAAAAAUGUUUACCCUCAUCGAUGCUGCUAAAAACUUUAAUCCUGAUGAUGUUUUCUUAACACUUGACAUCUAUUGCACUUCUGUCCGUCCUGGGAGAGGGAUCCCUCACAUGUGGCUCUCUCUGAGGUUUCUACAUAUUUUUACCUGUUAAAAAGGUUUUUAGUAGUUUUUCCUUACUCUUGUUGAGGGUUAAGGACAGAGGAUGUCACACCAUGUUAAAGCCGUAUGAGACGAAUUGUGAUUUGUGAAUGUGGGCUAUACAAAUAAAACUUGAUUGAUUGAU